ACUCGACCUCGCACAGCAACUCUCCGACAAAGGCAGUCUGUGGUAGAUUUAUACCCUUUGUAUAGUAUCUAUAUAUAGGCGGAAAUCAUUUCCCUGUUGAGUUAGUCACGAGAAUGCCACAGAAACACCAGCGUCUCCAGAUCGCUGCCAACUUCAGCCUAUCAUCAGGAUGAGAUAGAACCACUUGCUUUAUCUGCCAAGAUACUUGGCUACUUCUACGAUGCCUGCCGUAUCCAAAACCUGCCGGAGCUGCGCCGAGUCCAAGGUGCGCUGUGUCCGGGCGCCUGACAGCGCUGACAUCUGUAAUCGAUGCCGUCGUUUGGGAAAAGAAUGUCUUUAUCGCCAGAGCGGUCGCCGUUUUAAAGGCUUUGAAAAGGACCGAAAGAUCGCAGCUCUCGAGUCGAAAAUAAAGGAGCUUAUCGUCGAUGAUCACUCUGGAGGGCGUAGUAAAUCAUCUGUUUCUGGCGACAUUGCUGAAGACAUCAUCAGCCGCAACUUUCUUGAUACUGAAACGGCCGAAAGGUACCUGGACAUAUUCAGGACCCAACUGACUCCGCAUUUUCCGUUUAUCGUUGUAUCGCCAGAUACAUCUCUCGAGAAACUCCGCCUGGAGAAGCCGUUUCUAUGCUUAUCGAUCCUUGCGGCAGCUUCGUUCGAGAACAUGCCCCUGCAGCGGGCGCUGGGGCAUGAAUUCAAGAAAGUUGUAGCGUCGCGUAUUAUCGUCGGGGGAGAGAUUUCCUUCGAACUAUUACAGGGUUUACUUGUAUUCCUUGCUUGGUCCCAUUACCACUCAAAGCCACACCGUUAUACCCAAUUCUUGCAGCUGGCUAUCAGUCUCAUAAUAGAUCUGCGUCUGGACCGCCCACCGCAAACAGGGAUAUGGAAGACGGCGCUGCGCUUUGGACCUACAGAUAGUGUGGAUAAAACCCUUGACCGGCCUUCUUGGGGGAGGGACGAGCAGAGGGCUGUUUUGGGCUGCUACUAUUUAUCCUCGUCUAUUGCAAUGCUUGUGCAGAAGAGAUCGAGUCUUCAGCGUCUCCCGUACCAUGAAGAGUGUUGCCGGAAACUCGCUGACGCCGAGUAUCCCCACGACAAGUACAUCGCUCCUGUGAUCCAGCUGCAGUUCAUUGCCGAGAAGAUCGAUAAUUUAUCUGAAAAGCACGUACCUGACUUGGAGAGGCCUGGCUCUGGGGCGGAGCUCUAUAUCACCAAUUUACAGUCAGAGCUGGAGACAUUCUACCGCCAACUUCCUUUUGAUAUCAAUGAAAGCCCUCUUCUGACUAUACACUACCACGCCACCGGACUUUCUUUAUACCAGCUAGCUCUCACCAUCACCAGCCGACAAUCGCAAACACCAUUCGACUACUGGAGAGACGAGAUGUCUGUUUCCGCCCUAAUUUCAGCCAGUUCAAUAUUAAAUACACUGGUUCAACUCCCAUCCAAAGAGGAAGUCGGAUUCAACAAUACCCAAUGGGUACAGAUAGGGUUCGCCUUGCUAGUUGCCUAUCGACACACAGUGAUAGCCUCCAAACCAGAGCAGACGUUUGCGUUUCUUGAUACUCUAUCAAAACUGGAAGCGCGAGUCGGCGGACUGUCCACUGAAGAAGUCGAUGCAAAUGGAAAACGAGAUGUUUUCUUUGAUUUCAGGAGACGCGUGGUUCAGAUUCAGAAGUGGUUCGAUGGGCCGAAUCAGAAUGCGAGUCGUAGUCAGACUACGUCAGAUCAGAUGCCGUUCUCCGAGGACAUGGACUUUGAUAGGCUUUCUGGGACUGCAGUGCAUCUUGAUGCCACUCUGCCAGGGGAAAUACAAGUUCCCCCUGAUUUUCUGUAUUCGGCUUCCUUCGAGGAGAUCAUGAGUGAAUGGGUGUGGAAAUAGAAUAUUGAUCCAACACAUAAUUCAAGUUAUUAAUAAAUACAAGACGGAAGCCAUCCGGCCGAACCUGAUCAAGCUGUUCCAUACUAAAUAAGCUGGGGCUGUGCAUAUCGCCGACCCGAUCGAUAUAAGCCCGCCAAGCCUCAUCACCGACCCGAG